GCUUCAGAUUACGACAUUCCAUCAAGUUCGUCAGAUCAAGCAUGGCGCAAGGCGAUUAAUGGACAAAGUGCACAAUAAGUGAAUUUGUUUUUCGCACGUAUAAGUAAAACUGUAGAUAUUGCAAUUAAGAUAAUUCUUUAACCGUGAAUGUCGCAUUUUUGUUAUAUAAUUUUAUUCAUUCGAAAUUUGUGUACGGGCGAGUUUAAAUAUUGAACCGAGACUUCUUGUUGAUCACAAUGGCUUAGACUCGGGAUGCGCAAUUAACCUUGGUUUUCUUAGGAUAUAGUAGUAUAAAAGACUCGUCCUCAGUCGCAGGUAUGAGCUUAUGUAGGAUUCAAGGGUAGUGUUUUGGGUAAGUUUAAUAAAAUGGCCAGCGAUUUAUCGAGUGGCUGCACCGAGGCAAUCGAGGUUUUGGAUGAGAAAGAAGAAGGCGAAAUUUCUUUGGAGGACGUAAGUUCUUCUGAAGAAGGUCAGCUGAACUUCGGAAACUCCAGAACAGCGGGCCAGUGUCGAAGCUGCUUAUCCAGGCAUGGUUGUGCUACGUGGUGUCAAGUAUCAUCCAGAUCAUUGCAUUCAAAGAGCUAUGGGAAAAAAGCCCCAGAUCACUGUUCUAAUCAAGUAGAAGUUCACAUUCUUCCCAAAGAUGCUGUGCAAGGAAAGGAGAACCGUCAUCAUACAAAAGAUUCGGGACACACAGGCGCAAAGCACGCUGUCUCUACACUGCAGGAGAAAAAUGAUGAUCUCGUUCCUAUUUCGAGUGAUAGCGACAUGGAGCUUGUUGGCCUCACUGAUAUGUCAAAGGAACUUCUAGUAACUUGCAAGAAAUCAAGUAAGGUUCGAAAGAAACGUAAAAAAAGACGAACUCACAGCAGUGUAAUAGCACUAGAGAAUUUUGUAUCGCCAUCACCAAGUAGUAUACCUGAUACAGAAUGUGGUAGCACGAUAUUAAAAUAUGACUCCACUGCUGGAAAGGAAAGUCAUGUCAUCAGAUCUUACCAUCGAGAACAAACUCCAGUACACAGACGGGCAAGAUCUCCUCUUCGAUCCAGAUCAAGACCCAUUAAAUCCCCACCUAGGAGGUAUAGAUCCCCAAUAUCUCGAAUGCGAUCUCCCUUUAGGAAAUCUCGAUCACCAGUUUCGAGGAAGUCGCCCGUAAGGAGAAUAAGAUCGCCUAGACGGUCUCCUUGUCGUUCACCCCAAAGAAUAUUGUCCAAAAAAGUUCAAAAAAAAAUGUCACCUCCUGGUCAUACCUACCUGGAUAUGUACGGAAAUGUCACAAAACUCUUAAAAAAAGUAAGACACUUGGAAAUGACUGGUUGCGAAUCUCCAGGAUCAAAUUUAAACAAGCAUGCAGAACAUAUUGGAUCCUCUCUUAAGGAGAAAUUAACACAUAUGAUGAAGAGUACUGAAACAAAUACUAACAUGCAAUUAAAAGAUAAACAAGUUACAGAAGAAAAGAAAGACAAAGAUGCUGACGAUGAAGAGGAUUUGGCCUUAUUGCGACAAAAAGCAUUGGAAACAAAACAAAAGAGACAGAAUAAAAUUAAAACACAACCUGAAGUAGAAACAGAAAAGUGUAAUUCAAGCUUAAGCGAUAACGACAAUGAGGCUCUAGAGUUACGUAUGAUAGCUCUUCGGUCAGCAGUCAUGAAGAAACAUCAGAACAGAGUACAAAGGGGUUUAAAACUAGAUAAAGCUACCAGACAACAAGGAAUCAUAUCUCGAAUAGAAAGUCCGUUCAGCCAAAACUUCCUGGAUAGUAUUACAAUAUCCGGCGACGAGUAUGAGAGUCCUCUCGCAUCUCCACAGACACCACUGACAUUAAAGGAUUGUAUGAAUCUUGAGGAUAUGGAACUCGACAGCGAGGUGGAGCAAGAAAGGGAUCGAGACACGUCGCCAUAUUCGCCGACCGAUGAUAUUUCAAAACAAAUGGACACAGAGAUGCUCGGUAUAGACCCUUCGGACGUGUCGUUUAUAUCUACAGCCAAUACGAUAAACAAUAUAUCAAAUUUUAACUCUCACCAAAACAUUCUAACAACUAAAGAUAACUAUAGUCACAAUAGUCACGUGAGAAAUAUUGCCACAAAUCUCUCAUAUAUACAGGCGAAUGUCCUUUACUCACCAUCUGAUCCGACUGAAACAACCAGUCUAGAUUUUGCAACCACAAUGAGAACCGCCCAUCAAGGCUUCUCCACUAUUGAGCGAAUUCCAAUUUUGACGGAACACUUCAGUGAGCACCAGGUGCAAGGGGACGUUAAUCAAGAUAUGCCAUACUCGCCCACGGAUACGCCUAUCUAUGAUCCUGAUUUAGCCAGGAAUCGCACUCUAAUUGAAGUUCCCAUGCAGCCCAUAUUGCAAAAUUGUACAACUGCAGUGAGUAGACUUUCUAUCAACACUGGGACACAUUUUCAACCUGCUGAUCGAUCCGCCUUAUACUCGAAGACUGCUUUUUCUCAUGCUUCCAAAAAUACGAUUCAUCAACUACAUGUAAAUAAUAGUGAAUCAAGGAUACAUAAAUCAGAAACAUCCGUACCAAAAGCUUUUCUGAGAAAUUCAACAGCAUCUUCCAAGGAUAAUUCUUCAUUCCGUAACAGCACUAACAUAACACUCGAUGAUCUUCCAGAGACCGAAACCAAUUCGAAGCUUCAGGUUAAUCUACCAAAGGAUUUGCAAAGCAUGAAGAUACAUAUUCCAGAGGAGGUUACCAAGGAAAUCACUGAAAUGGCUCAGGAGCCUCUUUAUUUACAGGGUGUACCGGAUGUUACUAAGGACCUGAAUAAAAUACCAACAUUAGUUAAUAGAUCAUUGGUGCCAGUUUCUAUACUGAAAACAAAUAAACAACUGCAGCAGCCAUUGCCGCCCAAGAAGUUAGACACUAAUCUUCAAGCAGAACCAGUAUUUAAAAGUGCUGACAUGCAGCCAGUGAGCAUUGAGACAGAGGCUACAAAAACUAGUGCCCUUUUCAAGCCAAUAAAACUUGCUCCAGUGAUGAAAAAACUUCCACUGACUAUAACUACACCAGCAGCAUUCAAUAACUCUCUAAAUGAUAGCGUGUCCGGUGAACAUGCGGAAACGGAAGCAUCGAAGACUGUGAUAUCUACGAGAAGCAGCAAUUCUGUAGCAGCUGCUGAACGUUCCAAAAAGAUUUUAAAACCGACUGAUCCAGGCAAUGCAAUUCCGGGAUUACUAGAGGCAAGAGCUAAUAAGGUUCUAGUAGAAACUGCUGCGAUGGAAAAAAAUGAAGAGGGUGAUAAUAUACGUAAAAAACGUACAAGAGCUAGAUCCAGCAAAAAUAAACGAAAGACUUCUAAUGCAGUAGCAAGCAACGAUAAGGAAAUUGUUGCAACUACAAUGAAAUCGAAUACCGCUGAGACGAAUGUCAAUUUAUUUUCAUUGUAUCAGCAAAUAAAGAACCCUUCGAAGAGUAACAAAAGUAAAAGGCAGAGUGCUACUGUAUCUAAUAAUAAAAAGGCCGAGGUCCAUAGCAAAGGAGUGGAUGAGAAAAACGUGGAAGAUGAAAGCAAUGUCACAGCUAUCGCUAUCAAACACUCCAUAGAGAAGCGUGUGGAAUCUGAAGUGAAAGAUAUUAAAAAUGAUAAAAAUUAUGAAAUGGCUCAAGAUAAAAAAACAAAUGAUACUAAUAAGAAAGAUGAAAGGAUCUCUUCCGAAAACCUUAAUCCUAAUAUUAUUAAUUCCGCCCAAAGUAAUGCUGAUACAGCCACAAAUGUGAUUUCGGAUAAGAAACCUGAAAGUAUUGCAAAUAGCACUAGCACUAUAGAGAGUCGAAGAAGAAGUAGCCUGGACGAGGAUGAGGAAGCGUUACGAGCAAUUUUACUUGCAUCCCUGGCGAAGAGAUCAAAACCUUCAGAAAGUGUUACUCCAACAAAUAAACCAAUAUCAGUAGGAUCAAAUCUUUCAGAUACCACAACCUCUAGUAAUUCAACACCUGCGGACAAAGUAAAUGUCAAUGAUCUAAAGACUCCUGAACAUUUGGUCUUUAUAUCAGCCAUAAAAACGCCAAAUUUGUCAAGUGAGUCUUCCUCAAAAUCAAGUUUGUCAUCUGAAACAAAAUCUGUGGAUCCUACAUCGACUGAACCAGUCACGGAAACCCAAACGCAAACAAAAAUUGAUCCUGAAGUCGUGAAGAAUAUCUUUCUUGCUGGCGAGAAUAGUGAUUCUUCACCAUCAUCUACAAUAGCUGGAAAAAAAAGAACAAAUCCUGUAGUAGUUAAGGGACCUCCCAAAAAGGUAGUAAGAAAGGCACCAAUAACUGCCAGCACAAAGGUAGUGAACAACGCAAAGAAGUUUCAGAACACUUUAGUGCAAAAGAAACUGAGCUUACAGAAAGUAGCAACAAUAUAUAAUGCCCAGAAAACAACAGGGAACAGAACACUGUUUAACAAUCAAUUCACAGAGAAAAAUCGACCACUAAGUCCAAUGACAUCAGCGACGGAACGUUUUAUUAUAAAUUUAGGAUCUGAUUCAGAUAGUGAUUCAGAACCUGAGCAAGGAAAGACCAAUGUCGCUCUCACGUCGAAUAGUAGCAGUGUAGAGAAGCGUCAGCCCUUGGCGAUCCCAACCACCGACUUUGAGAGAAGCGUCGACCUAUUUCUAAGGGACGUUCGCAAGAAGCAGGAGUCAGCAGCAGCGAUAAAGACGUCAAAUCCAACUAACCCAGUUAACAAACCAAAGGCUACACAACCAACUUCAUCAGCUGGUAAUCGCACGAUGUCGUCUACUCUGCAUACAACGCCAUUGGCUGUCCGGCAUCUUCCUGCAUCGCGACAAGAGGAAUAUCGUCGUCUGAAGCAGCAGAUAUUGGAACAUGAAAGACUCAAGCUGCAGAGAGCUUUAGAGAUUAAUAGUGCACCAAUAAGUCCUGGUAGUAAAAGUAUAGAUACUUCACCAGGUCCUCUGUCGCCCGCUAGUCCUUCAGUGUCAUCCGCCACAUCAAAAUCAAGUGAAAAUCCCGCUACUGGAAUAUCUAAACAAGCACUGGGUUCUCAGUCAACAAUAGCAAUUACUGUCAAGGACAAUGGCCCAAGGAAUGUCAGUAUACUGACAAAAAAUACUUCCUUGACAUCUUCAUCUAAUCCAUCCGAUCCUCAAUCAGCUGAGAAAUCAAUUCUAAAUGUUUCACCAAAAAUUGGAUCUACAUUUCCAAAAAUUACUUCAUCGCCAAAGUCAAUGACAAAUUUAAAUAUUCAGAUACCAAAUAGUACACUGUCACGUAGUAACUUAACUGCUAAUAAAAUAGUACACUCGAGCAUUCCAACGAAUACAUCACAAACUGCUAAUUUAAUUUCAACUAGCAUUGCUCAAGAAAAAAAUACUAAUAAGAGCAAUAUUGUAAAUUCUAAUAAUUCGAGUAAAGAAUUCUUAGCUUCGAAAGCUUUUCAAAUUCGAGUAAAACAGGGCGAAGCUGAUCGCACGGUUAUCAUAAACGAAUCCUCACUCUCUAAUAAGGCAAAGAGUAAUGUAAAACUUAAUGAAGUUGCGAGCGUAAGCAGUAUUAAUCAGAAAAAUAAUAUGACUCAAAUGGAGAGUAUUACAAAGACUUUACAAAGACCCAUAGUAAGUGACAGUGUCAAUAUCAGUGAAGUGGAUAAAGGCUCGGAGAGUAGCCAGUCUAUAGAUUCAGAAGCGUCUACAUUGAUUCUAACUCAGGAAGAUAAAUGUACUGCGGACAGUGAAGAUACAGCAAGCUCUACUUUAUCAACUGUUAAACUCUUAGAUACUCUAGAACUGAAUAAUUCUUCAACAAUUUCAAUGUGUAUCAAAGCAACCUCAUCAAAGAAUAAUUCACUGGCUAAUGUAGAACGUGAAAAGAGUUGGGGAUUUUCGAGCAGCAUGAAAGAUAACAUUAGAACGGAAAUGAAUGUUAUUAAUACACUUCCAUUAAACGAGCGGUCUCAGUGCUUGACAGAAAUGGAGACAAAAUUAGUUGCAAAACGGUAUACAGUUCUGAAUGACUUGAAAGACAUGUCUAAAAAACUUCAGCAGUGGGAAAUUGAGAGGGACUUACAGAAUAAUCUAGCAGCCGAGGUCAAAAGACUUCGUGAAGAACUGCGUAUGGCUGAGGAGAAGUUGCAGUUACAAAAAAGUCGCGUUCACAAUAUGGUACCAAAAGUAACCGCUGCCCAUGAGAAGAUCAAUGAUGGCCGUAAAGAGUGUUACAAAUUAUCAAGAAUCUGUUCCGGACUAGGCUCUAAAAUAAUCGGAGAGAAAUACAAGGUACCUACUGAUGGUGCACAACUAUUAACUGCAAGAUUAAAGGAGGUGGCCGUUCGUACUCGUCUAUUGUCGAGAAAGAAAGUACCAUUCGUCGAAAAUAUUCAAAAUUUCGAAGGAAAAUCAACAUCAGAAACUCAAGAUGAUGUAAGAUUAUCAGAGAGUUAUGCGAACAGCAUACAAGCGUGUACAACUCCAGAACGGAAUGAAAUAAAUCUGAACAAUUCAUUGUCGGAAAAUAAUAAACAAAGCGUGGAUGAUGAAAAGAUUGAGAAAACUAUUCUCCUGGAGGAUUUAAAUAGAACAUCAAUAACAGCUCCAUUAGAAAUAAAGAAUGACAAUGCAUUAGAAAAAAACAGUUCAAAUUUAGAGGAUAAGAUAUUGCUUCUUGAACCUAAAGACGUUACAGAAACAUCUACAGGAACAAGAAAUGAGAAAAGGAAUACUAAUGUAGAAAUUGAAACAGAAUCAAGGGUGGAAGUGGAUUUAACGAGUACCUCGGCUACUUCAAUGAAAAAUGAAGAGCGUUUAUAUCCAGAAACACCGAUGUCGCCUAUUAUUCACGGGAUGUUGAUGAGCGAGGACUCGACGAAGUCAUUGCUCACGCCUUACUCAUCUGUCCUGUUGCAUUUGAGGACACCAAGGACCACAAAUCCCGAAGGGAUCCUAUGCCCAUACGAGCUGAUGGGAACCUGUCGCGAUGGGGAUUGUCAAUUUGUCCACCACAAUGCCGCACACAGCUAGUAGCUCAUUAAAGCUGCAGAAAGCAACACGACAAACUUUCCAUACGUAAGGUGGUUCUAAUAUCUAGUUCGCGGCUUCUUCAGUAAGCUUACACUGAACUAACUUGGUUACUCCUCAUAACUUUGUUAAUAAUUAGUUGUCAUCUUUCUAUUCCAUCUUCUUUUACAAUGUUUUUGGACUCUACAUUUCUCAUAUUCCAAUGAACGUGUUGAGACAACAUUAUUCAUUUAUCAUUACACAAGUAUUCUAGUUUUCUAAUCUAGUAUUUUUCUUGAACGAAAAAGAAAAAAGACAAGAUAAUCAAGACUAGAGGGAUUGCUAUUUCUCAAACGAGCCUUCACUUUUUUAACGUUUUCAGGUAAGACCUUAUCCGGGAUGUGGAGUAUGCCGUGACGCAUAAGCACAUACGAGGCUCUUCCUUCUUAGUUGCUGAGGCUACACCACGAGAUGGUAAGUUGCCUUCAUAAAUCACAGGACUUUUGCACAAAUUUAACCACGCCUCACUGUGUGUGUAAUGUACGGGUGUGCGCUCGCUGUCGCGCAUUGCUCGGUACAGGUGUCGGACCGGACCGUUUUGUUAUUGUUAUUUAACUUUUAAAUCUAAAAAUGAAAAUUUGAGGAAGAUUGGAGACGAUUGUUUUGUAUAAGAAUAUAAAAAAGUGCUGUACAAUCCAUUGACGAUUAGUGCGGACAAUUAUGAGUAAAAAAAAUGAAAUCAGCGACAAAAAUAUGAAAAGGAUCUUUGGUGAAAUCGUUCAAGAACUCGAGAGGCUCGAGGAGGUGGACGUCGCAAGAAUCAAAGGAUGCAAGGUGUUCAGAGAGAUCCUUUCAAUUUUCAUACGUUACAUAUAUACCUCAUAAUUAUAAUCUUCUUGUACCUGUGUAAUAAAAAAAAUCAUUAUUUUUUUCUAUAAA